AUGCUUGCGACGGCAAGGUUUUUCAGUCCAACUCUCAUCUCGAUCCACGUCAGUGUUUCCCGUCCACUGACUACUUACAAGCUGUCUUUCAACUCCCGUUCUCCUUGGCCCCAAGAGCUGAACCAGAGACCCAUUGCAAGUCUCCACGACAGCACCAGGGCCGUUAAUACUGUUUUCAGGGCCAGCGCAGUCUAUCCCAGCAUCAAACAUCCAUCCCGCGCACUUGUCAUGCAGCGGGCGGCCGGGUGGCUUGAAUCCGGCUUGUCGGUGGCGAGCUCAACAAACAAUCUUCAAAAAAUGAGACCUGUUCCUUUCCACAAAGUCAAGACUGGAUGA